UUUCGUAACUUUGCUUCAAAUUCCCUUUUUAUAGUUUUUCUUUCCCUAACUUUGCUUAUCAUGUGGAUUCUUAUAGCUUGCUGAACACUUGAAAUACAUGAAAAACACAAACAUAAUUUGAAACCCAAGGAAAGGAACACUCUAAAGAUCAAAACCAUGUACUCCACUCUCAUCACUUCUCCUACAACUGAUCAUCAACCUACCUCCUCAAUCCCUUGCAAGAAGAGAAGAAACCUCCCAGGAACUCCAGACCCAGAAGCAGAAGUGAUAGCACUGUCACCCAAAACACUAAUGGCAACAAACAGGUUUGUUUGUGAGAUAUGCAACAAGGGCUUUCAAAGAGACCAGAACUUGCAACUUCACCGGAGGGGACACAACCUUCCAUGGAAGCUUAAGCAAAGAAGCAGCAAAGAAAUGAAGAAAAAAGUAUACAUCUGCCCGGAAAUCACUUGUGUGCACCAUGACCCUUCCAGAGCUCUCGGCGAUCUCACCGGAAUCAAAAAACACUUCAGUAGGAAACACGGAGAGAAGAAGUGGAAGUGCGACAAGUGCUCCAAGAAAUAUGCUGUUCAUUCCGAUUGGAAAGCUCACUCCAAGAUUUGCGGCACUAGAGAGUACAAGUGCGAUUGUGGCACCAUUUUCUCACGAAGGGAUAGCUUUAUCACCCAUAGAGCAUUUUGUGAUGCAUUGCAAGAAGAGAGUAAUGAGAAGUUCUCUAAAGAACUACAAGAUAUAUCACCAACAUGGUUACCUUUGCCACAAGCACAAUCAGCAUGCAUGUCUGCCACUGCAUUGCUUCAGAAAGCUGCACAAAUGGGUGCAAUAAUGAGUACUAAUAGUAAUAAUACUCCUCCUUUUCAAGAACAAAUGGCAAGUCACACAUUCACUCAAGCUUCAAGCUUUCAUGGUUCUUCUCCAUUUGAGGAGCCAUUUGGAGGGAUUUAUGGGUUCUGGGAAAGAAGAGAGAAGGAUUGAUGAAGGAAUGACAAGGGAUUUUCUUGGUUUAAGGGCACUGUCUCAUGGAGGUAUCCUUAACUUGGCUCUUUUGGAUCCUAAUUGCAUAAAGUUCCUCAUCUUUUGAGCAGCAGUAAACUUUUAAUUUUCUUUCGUUUUUAUUCUUUUUUCUAUUCUUUUUUUCAUUUGGUUCUUUUUUCUUGU